CGCCUCCUCCACCGCUUCUCGGCUCUCUGGGUCGGCUCACUCUCACCUUGUCCGUAUCGUUUAUCUCGAAACAGCACCACCGCAACUCGCUCGUUGGAAAUCGAAGCCGGCUUGAAAUUGGCCGUUCGCGGCGCUUGUUGAACGGCUGCUUUGUUCCCGAUGGACUCCGCUCGAGUGUAGGAAGGUCAAAAGGCUGCAGGCACAGCGGGAUGGGUGCGCUAAGCGUCCUGCUGCUGUUGGCGUGCCUGUUCACUCCCACAUUGGCGCAGAUUGCCACCCCUGGCGAGAAGACGUGUCCGGACGGAGACUAUCUUGAAAAUGGAUUUUGUUGCAACAAAUGUUCACCGGGUUUCAAACUGGUGGAAAAGUGCCUCGGCGAGGGAAUGCGGAGUAACUGCACACCGUGUCUGACUGGCCAGUUUAUGGAGCAAAUGAACUACUCCCCCAAAUGCAUGCAAUGCAAGUCCUGCAACAAGAAAAAGCAUGAAGUGGAAGUAUCCAGAUGCCAACGGCAUCGAAACACUCGGUGCCACUGCGAGGACGGCUACUACACCUUCGUUAUUGACUCGGAGACAACGGAGUGUAUCAAAUGCAAGCUGUGCCGAUCGGAUGAGAGGGAAGUCCAAAAAUGCACGACGGAGAGGAACACGGUGUGCGAGUGCAAGGAGAAUUUCUUCAGAGUGAACGGGAAGUGCGAGCCAUGCAAGAGUUGCGCAGCGGAUUGCAAACAUCUCUGCAAGACGCUUCCUUCCCACAAUUCAAAGGUUUCUGAAGAGAGUGGAAAUGGAUACCUAGUUCACGUCCUGACCGGAGCGGUGGUUGUGGCCGUGACGUUGUUGAUGCUGCUCAUCCUCUACAUGGCCACCAAGCGCUUGAUCAAAAAGUCGCCCCUCAAAUCGUCGUCCCAAAUGGCGGAGGCGUCGCCCGAGUCGUCCGAAGGCCUGUUUCACAACGAGGAAGUGUCAAUCAUCGCGGUGAUUGACUGUCCUGAGAGCGCAUUGCUUGGCAAGGCCAAUUCCAAGCUGCCCGACUGUGUUCCGCUGGAGAUCAAGACCCACGACCUCAUCUACACGCUGCUCGACUCGGUUCCCGUGACGCAGGUCAAGCAACUGGUGCGUUCCCUCGGCGUGAGCGAGACGGUCAUCGAACGGGCCGAGCUGGACCACCGCGCCAGCAAGGAGGCCCACUACCAGAUGCUGAAAGCGUGGGCGGAGAGCGGCUCGCAAGCUUCCGGCGGCGGCGGAGGAGGAGGAGGAGGCCGAGGUGGAAUGCUGCACUCGGCUUUGCUGCAGGAGCUUUUGCUGAAACUGAAGCAUAUGCACCUUGGGGCGGUGGCUGAGGAGCUGGAGACAAAGUACAGCAUUCACUAAAUCUCGGAUGUAUGCCAAGCGGUGGAGAAAAAAAAAAAAAACAAACGCGCACCUGAAUCUGAGUAUUGUUCUCUAUCGGGACCUCAAGGACGGACGGACUGGGAACAUUCCAGAAGGUUGCAGCGCUUGCACGUGGACCAAGAAGGCUUUUGUGGUUUCUACCUUUCGCCCUGAGAGAUCAAAUGGUUGGAGGUGGGGGGUGGGGGGACGCUUGCGGGAUUAACAGUGGCGAUCCCGCCGCGGCCGAUGUGAAGCCGCCACCUGCCGGACGCGGAAACCGAAAUGCGCACUGAAGGAGGGAUUUGAAUGCCGCCGCGCGGCGUAUGGGCCACAAUCUGCCCGGAAGUGACACGCAAGUCACGGUCAAUGUUGUUGAUCCAUAUUUUAGGAAUGCUUGAGAUUCGCGUUUCCGAGGCUUUAUCCACCGAGUUGGGAGGGAAAAAAAUAAAAAUAAAAAUCCCACAGCACACCGCCAACUGAAGAUGUCCCCCAAAAAGUGUAUAUAGACUGAAAUCGUGAUCAUCUCGUCUCAACUUUACCCGGUCUGAAAAGUGUCAAUGUAUGUCGCCAGCAUAGAUGGAUGAACAAUGAUACAUGACACUGGUCAACACAUUUUUACUACCGGUACAUUUUUUUAAUCCGAGAGUGAGUCUUUGUUUUUUUUUUUUUUUAUGCUGAUUCCAAAUCUGCCCUCGUUUUUUUCCUCUAACUUCAGGUUUUUAUUAAUUAAUGUUAAUAUAAUGUGUGAUCUAAUUAUAGAUUUAGUCAUAUUUCAGGGUUAGGUGGAUUUUAUUGUUUUCCCUGAAAGGUCUUCGCUGUAAAUCAAAAGAGAAGGUCAAAGUCAUAUUGCGCAAGGUUUUCAAGGUCAAACUUAAAAAAAAAAAAUUAAAAAAAAAUCUCAAAAACCUGAUGUACGAGGGAAAAAGUAAAGGCUUUUUUAAAAAAAAUCGGCAUCAAAAAUACAUUGAUGGACGCAUGAAGCCAUUGCUGGUGAAAAUUUGAUGUUGGCCAGUGUUUUUUAUUUUUUAUUUUUUGGGAGUCGAAUCAUUUUCAGAGCAAUUAAGUAAAAGCGAAGAACUGAACUUGGAGUGCCACAAACCUUUCGGUCUUUUCUGAGGACACGAAUGCACCAAAACUAAAAGGACCUGCAAUCUUCUCAUUGUCAUCCUUGUCGAAAUGUUCUAGCACUGCCUACAUAAAUUCUUCUCAAAUCUGAGAGACGAUAAAAUUUUGAUGCAUCAAGGUACGGACGGCGAUGGGAUUAUUUUUUUUUCAUGGCGUUGUCUCAGUGAAUGCUUGAGGAAAUGAUUUUUUUUUUCCAAAAAAGAAAAAGAUCUGUUUGGAAAAGAUUUACUUUUUCCAAACAGAUUAUUUUUCAGGUGAAAAAACGUUUCUUUUUUUUCUUUAACUAUUUAAGCAUGAUGCAUUUGCAAGGUUUUUUUUUUUUUUUUGGUGCCCCACUGUACAGUGUCAAGGAUGAACGUUCUACUUUUUAAGCGAGUACACUAGUUUGAAACUGAGUCGUUGGAGCCCAGAGGCAAAAUAAGCUGCUGCUUGGGGCUAGAGGGAGGAUUAAAGAAAACUUUAUUAUUUUAAUUUUUUUUGCAAAUAUGUUGUUAGAAAAAAAAAAGUUAUUUUUACAGUGUGCAUGCAUCGGUAGACGACAAAAAACAAUGCCACAUCCGGCCAAACUGUUUCUUUAGCUCAACAUUUUUACCCAUCGCCCCUUAACAGUCGUUACAAAUGAAAAAAAAAUGAAAUGAAACAACACUAAUGAUAAAGUCUAAUUACAAAGUGAUUUUUUUUAAAGCAUGGGAAGGAUGGCCCUGAAAUAAAUUGCUUUGAGGGCCUGAUAAAUUAAAAAAUAAAAAAUAAAAGUCUGUUCAGGUGUUUACGCGCCGCAUAAGAUGGCUUCCUGUUUGGAUUGGGCCGCCGCAUCUCUUUUGGGACCUACGAGCUUCUUCUGUAUGUACAGGUGGAACUGAAAUGUAUGACUACUGGUGAACUUCAUUUGACCGUCUCUAAACUUGUGAAUCAACUGUUCAAUGUUUCUGUGCUGGCUUUUAUUUUUCCUCAACUUCCUGUCAUUUAACAAGGAAGUUUUUUUUGUUGUGGUUGUUAUUACAAUGAUAAAGACAUCUACCUCGAUGCCUUUCUGUGACUCUUCCAGUCUCUGCCUGGAACACUGAACAACAUUCCAAAGUUUAGUAACCAUCUCAUAGCCGUUUUGUAAAGGUGAUUGUGUGUGUAAACGGAAAUGUUCACACGGAAGCUGAAUAUAUUCCAAACUUUAUGCGAGGACUGGAAAUAUGGAGAGUUUCACGACUUGAAAUUCAACCUCCCUUGCUGCACCUCCACCACACGCGUGUUAGCCUUCAGGCCCUAUCAUGGAAGCAUUAGUGCAAACUUAUCUUACCAGUCUGGCCCCGCCUGGGUCUUUGCACUUGCAACAUGUGCCAAGUUUCUUUAGUCAUCCCCCUUUGUGCAUUAUAUUGCCGGGAAUUAAUAAAAUGACGACAGCGUGUGUGAAGGGUGCCGAACAGCUGCGGGCUGUGGUUGUUUGAAUAAAAGGUCAAUUGAUUUGUA